CUUAUUUUAGCACUAACUCAGCAUCGCAAAUUUGAGGUGUUAGUACCCGCCUCUCAAUUUUAUUUUAUUUUACGUCCCCGACCCUCUGCUGGUAUUAAAAUCCCAAUGCCUGGACCUAGCGCAAACCACAUCCCUUUCCCCUCGCUUUCGCUUGUUCGAAAUAAUUUCCGACCGUCAAAAUGAGAUUGCCUUCGUAUAGAUCCUCUCACAUGCUUCGCUACCACCCGUACCCUCGGGUGGGCCUGAGCCAGCGUGAAAAUUUAAUGCACAUCACUGAGGAGAAUGACGCUUUGUUGGUGAGCCAUGCGACCCUCGGUACAAUGCUAUUUCUGAACACAUUCAUUGUGAAGCAUGUCGACGACCCACUCAGAAACCACAACAUCGAAUGCGAGGAUAUCCUCGAAUCCGACGCUCGACCUGGUAAUGACAAGCAAAAGGAAAAUGUUCUAGAGGCGGUCGAGGUCCCAGAGGCAGGCGGUGUACUUCGUGUCAGGCGUCGGAAAACUGACGACACUUAUUAUCGUCGUUUUAUUAUUCGUGGUGAGGAAUCUCGCAUUCAACAACCAGUGCGCUACGUUUCACAUUACGCCCAGUUCAAAUCUUCAUCCGUCAUUUAUCGACUCCCUGUCAACUUGUAUAUCACCACAUCCACAAAUGUAACAUAUGCUUGCUUCUUAUCACUCGAACAUGCUUUACGUCGCUGCUAAUAACGUUGUUCUUGUAGUUAUCACACCAUCAUCUCAGUAUAUCUAUGUUAUACCGUCUUGCAAUGCUGAAAUGGUUUCUACAAUA